AUGCGCGCUCCUUCGUCGGAAAGUGCAGUCCGAUCGUGUGUGGAAGCGCAGCGGACGAAGCAUCAAUCUGAGGAAGGAGAUCCUAGGCUUGUGCACUAUCUUCCAUCUAUUAUAGCUGGUGCAACAAUGGUAUACGUGAUUCGAGAAAUAGAACCAUGUAAUGGAAUGGAAUACCAAAAUCAGCUUAUGAGUGUGCUAAGAAUCAGCAAGCACGCACGCUCCUUCGUCGGAAAGUGCAGUCCGGUCGUGUGUGGAAGCGCGGCGGACGAAGCUUCAGUCUGGGGAAGGAGGCUUGUGCAUUAUCUUCCACCUGUUAUAGCUGGUGAAACAAUGGUAUACGUGAUUCGAGAAAUAGAACCAUGUAAUGGAAUGGAAUACCAAAAUCAGCUUAUGAGUGUGCUAAGAAUCAGCAAGGAAUAUGUGUACAACAUGCUCCAAUUCAGCUAUGGAUGGUACUUCACGUUCGUUCAAGGAUGGUUGUAUAUAUUCUUGAUUUACUUGCAAGGCUUUACUCCAAAGCAAAUGGUGAACCCAUGGAAGACUUAUGUGAAGCUCUCUGCUAUGCUCAUGGAUUCAAAUGGACUUACCAAAGGCUCUCUGGCUUUUCUCAACUAUCCGGCAUAG